AUGAAGAAAACCAUCCUCCCGCCGGCAUGGUUCGCCGUCUUCCCGACGCCCCUCUUAAUCCACAUGCUGCAAUGUGUCGGCAUCUACACGUUCCCCUCGCGCUCCUCUCGCUUCCGCGUCUGGAUCGGGACGUUCUGGGCAGUGACGGUGGCCGCGUGGUGCGCCCUCUUCUUCGUCUUCGACAUCAUCACGUUCUACAAGAACUAUUCGCAGACCCUCCGUCAGAAAGACUUUUUCCUCUACACCUUCGUCACGUACCGCGGACUCUUCGAUAUCAAAGCGGCGGCGUGUAUUUUACUACUGCACCACCACACGCCGAAGCUGCAGGCGGUGGUGUCCCGGCUGGCGGACGCCGGGGACCUUCGCCGGUGGGUGUGGACGCUGGUGACCUUUGCGGUCGUUGGCGCGGGGAUUGUGGUCGGGGUUUUGUAUUAUUGUUUUAAUAAUAUCGCCACGGUGUCUGCGGCCCUGUACGCGCCCCACUUCCGGUCGUGGGAGAGUGUGGUGGACGUCCCGUUGUUCGGGCCGGCGCCGUUUAUUACGAAUCUGCUGGUGUAUGAGUUCGGCAACGUGGUGACGUAUCUCGUGGAUGUCCUCCCGCUGCUCCUGACCGCCGUCGUGGCGGUCGCCUUGACGAACGAGUUCCGCAUGGUCAACCGGCGUAUCCGCGGAUUGCUGAGCGAGCGUCUGCAUCACAGCGAGCGGGACGCGGAAGUCAGUGUAGCGCAGGAGCUGGACCGGGUGCAGCGCCGGCAACUGCAGCUGGCGGAGAUGACCGGCCGGUGGGACGCCGGGUGUCGGGACGUCAUCCUCUUAAGCUUCCUGACGGCGUUGAUGGGCGGGAUCUGUCUGCUGACGGAGAUGGUACGCCCAGUCUCGUCGCGGGUGAACGAUGGACCCCUGGACCUGGUGGUGGCGGUGCGGCCCACCAUGAUCGCGCUGGUGGUGCAGACCGGCGGCGUGGAUGUCCUGCUGACCGUCUGCGCGAUACGGCUCAACGAAGCGGCCUACGAAUCGGCAGAGUUGGUGUCGGCGCUGGGACCGCUACUCCACGAUCCGAUUGCGCGGUUGAAUGCGGCGGAGGCGCUGAGCCGGUUCCACUCUGACCCCGUGACCUUGACGAUCGGCCGGUUCAUCCCGUUGACGAGGGAUGUUUUUGCGACGAUUUUCGCGUUAUUGCUGUCGUAUGUGAUCGUUAUCUACCAAAUGGUGGACGGACAGAACGACAUGCGCAACAUGCUGCAGAAAUCGCAGGCGAUGAACAUGAUGACGUACGUCAUCCAGACCGUCCUCUGCGCGGCGGCUGUACCGCACGCCGCGCUAACGGUCAAUCUGACCACGCCUGCCUGCCUUAUCUGAUGGAUA